CUGAGAAGUAUCUUCAACCAUUGCAGAGUUCAUCUGCCGCGCGAAGUUGUGGAUGACAAUACUGGCACUGCAAGCUACGAUUCCACGGCAGGUGAAUUCACCGUAAAUGUUCCCAAGAAGAAUGUCGGUGAGAAUUUUCCCAACUUGGACAUGAUAACGGAACUUUUGAAUCCACAAAAGAAGAUAUCAGCAAAACAACUGGUUGAAGAAGUUGCUGAUGACACAGAAGAAGAAAAUGACGAUGACGACGAUUAUCUGAUUGAGCAGAACAUCACUGAUGUAAGCGCUGGCUGUACCGAAAAUACCGACAGUAACUGCGGUUAUGGAUUUGCAUGGCGAAGGAAUGGGAUUUUAGGUUAA